UUGACAACAGCCCAUCAUCAACCAUUGAACCUCCCACAGCCCAAACUCCCCUCUAUUCCACCAUCAACAAAGAAAAGAAGACAAGGAGAAGACCUCCAGAAAUCCCUGAUCCCUAUCAAGUCCCAGUUACUGAAAGAGACCCUGAGACCACUGCAACUACAUCCCAGUGACCAAGCUACAGAGAGCCAUGGAGAGGAACAUAGUAUGUCUAACGGAACAGCAGUUACUACAAGCAGCCAGGCUCUGGUGUAUGCUGAACUCAACCUCCACACUAAGAAGAGCGCUGCUCCUCCACCAAAGCCACCUCGGCCACCAGACAUCUCCUAUCCCCAGCCUGAUGAAGAGCAGCCCGUGGCCUACUCUACAGUCAACAGCAACCCCUACUCUACGCCCAGGACCCCAUCUCAGCCUGCCAAUGCUGGUGAAGCGACAUAUUACACAACGGUGAUUACUACAAACUGACAUGAAAGGAACUUUUAGUUAGUAAAAAUAAUUGUGUUGUGGCUUUUUAGUCGCCAUAAUCGAUUGCGCAUG